AUGGCGUUGAACGGUGGCCUUAGAUCGGUUUCUAAGAUUCUGAAUUCUUCGUCUCAAUCUCUUUUCUCCAAGUCAACAGCCAAUAGGGGGAUUCAUUCAACUGCAAUUAAGCGGAUGGGGGGAGGCCAUGCAAAUGGGCAUGAUGAACCAUAUUACCUUCACGCUAAGCAUAUGUACAACUUGGAUAGGAUGAAAAAUCAGAAGCUGAAGAUGUCUCUUGGUGUUUUCCCAGCUUUUAGCAUUGGUGUUAUUAUUCCCAUCUACGCUGUCAUUUUUCAGCAGAAAAAGACUGCAUCGGGCUGA